AUGGAAAUGCAAAGUUCCCUCAGUGUUGAACUCAUCCCUGUUAAAAUCAUCAACUAUCACAAUUUACACAUUCUGAAAUCGAAGCUCUUGUUUUUUCUUCUUAUGUAGUGAGGCAUCUUCUUAGCAUUGUUUUGAAGUUUUCAAAUGUUCAUUCAUCAAUGUUUUUUAAGUUUUGAAUCAUAGUUGAUCAUGAAGCUAUAUACUAUGCAUGUAAAAAACACGGUUUUCACGUUCUAAGCUCGUGCACUGUUGAUGACACAACCGGGAUUCUCUCUCCCUAUCUCCUUGGUAAUAUAAGUAUUUUUGUCUGCUCAACGACUAGCAGUGGCUGUCAACUCCAUAAUUAUUUCUUUCUCGCAAUAAAGAAAGAAAGAACCAUCAAAAACUCUAGACAUUUAUUUCUAAGUAUCUUCUCUUGGUGUAAUCUUUUCAAAGAUCAGAAUCUAGAUAGAUAGAUAGAUAGAGAGAAGACUCAUGAGUUAAUGUUGUUGUUGUGAACAUGGCAAAGCUUUUGAAAACACAGAUCACUGCUAAUCCACUUACCAGAUUUCAUCAAGCAACUAAGUUUGGAACUAAAGACAAGUAUGGGUGCAAAAGGACUACUCAAAAUUCAAGAUUUUUGUCUGGGGCUGGUUCAAUCAGAGCUGUGAUCAGUAGUAGCGAAGAUAAAAAUGUAGUAACAACAUCAUCAAAGGUUCUACAGAAAAAUGGGUUGGCAACAUCAUCACCUAUGAUUGAUGUGAAGGCUGCAAUUACUAUUAGGAAGAAAAUGAAAGAGAAACUUACUGAGAAGAUUGAAGAUCACUGGGAGGCACUUAUUAAUGGUAUUGGUAAAGGGAUCGUUGUUCAGCUCAUCAGUGAAGACUUAGAUCCUGUGACCGGUUCUGGUAAAAGUGUAGAAACAUCAGUAAGGGAUUGGGCUCCUAAGCAAUUGGAGCAUUCAAGUUAUCUUGAAUAUGUCGCCAAUUUCGUGGUCCCUUCCGACUUUGGUUACCCCGGAGCGAUUCUGAUUACUAACCUUCAUAACAAGGAAUUCUAUUUGGUGGAAAUCGUGGUUCAUGGUUUUAGUGAUGGACCCAUCUUCUUCUCUGCGAAUUCCUGGGUUCAGUCCCGAAAUGAUAAUGCUCAAAGCAGAAUCGUGUUCAGAAAUCAGGCUUAUCUUCCCUCUCAAACGCCAGCCGGUAUGAGGGAUCUUCGACGUGAAGACUUGCUUAGUGUUAGAGGCAAUGGAAAAGGGGAGAGAAAACAUUCAGACAGAAUUUAUGAUUAUGCUCCUUACAAUGACCUGGGUAAUCCAGAUAAGGAUGAUGAUCUUGCUAGGCCGGUGCUUUCAGGUGAAGAGCGGCCAUAUCCUAGGCGUUGUCGGACUGGUCGUCCUCCAACUAAAUCAGAUCCUUACUCAGAGAGUAGAAUAGAGAAACCCCAUCCAGUUUAUGUUCCUCGUGAUGAAACGUUCGAGGAGAUUAAGCAAGCAACUUUCUCUGCGGGGCGUUUGAAAGCUGUGCUCCACAAUCUAAUACCAUCUCUCUCUGCUACUCUGUCGAGCUCUGAUAAUCCAUUUACAUGCUUUUCUGAGAUAGACAAGUUGUAUAGUGAUGGUGUUCCUGUGAACUGUGACCAAGAGACAAAAUCAAUCUUUGACAACUUGCUGCUUCCGAUGAUGAUGAAUAAGGCUUUGUCAGCAGGUCAAAAAUUAUUCAAAUAUGACAUCCCAGCCAUUAUCUCAGGGGACAGAUUUUCAUGGCUACGUGAUAAUGAGUUUGCACGACAGACUUUGGCAGGUGUAAAUCCUGUUAACAUUGAAGCUUUGAAGGAGUUUCCAAUUCUCAGCAAACUAGACCCGGCGGUAUAUGGUCCUCCAGAGUCGUUAUUGACUAAAGAAUUAAUAGAGGGUCAACUCGGUGGGAUGACUAUUGAAGAGGCAAUAGAGAGCAAAAGCUUGUUUAUGCUUGACUACCAUGAUAUGCUAUUGCCUUUCAUCAAGAAAAUGAACUCAUUGCCAGGGAGAAAAGCUUAUGCUUCUAGAAGUGUUUUCUUCAAGACCGAAACCGGUCUAAAUCCAAUAGCGAUUGAACUUUCACUCCCCCCUACACCUUCUUCACCGAAUAACAGACGUGUCUACAUUCACAAACAUGAUGCGACAACGUACUGGAUAUGGAAACUCGCCAAAGCUCAUGUAUGUUCAAAUGACGCCGGAGUCCAUCAACUGGUGAACCAUUGGUUGAGGACUCAUGCCUGUACGGAGCCUUACAUUAUUGCUGCUCAUAGGCAACUUAGUUCAGUACACCCCAUUCAUAAACUCCUGCACCCUCAUAUGCGUUACACAUUGGAAAUCAAUGCACUGGCCCGACAGAGUUUGAUCAAUGGAGGAGGGAUUAUUGAAGCUUGUUUCAGCCCAGGAAAGUAUUCAAUGGAGCUGAGCUCUGCAGCUUACAAGAAUAUGUGGAGGUUUGACAUGGAGGGACUACCAGCAGACUUGAUUCGGAGGGGAAUGGCAGAAGAGGACCCUUCGCUGCCCGGUGGCGUCAAACUCGUAAUUGAGGACUACCCUUAUGCGUCUGACGGACUUCUAAUUUGGUCUGCCAUUGAAGAAUGGGUAGAAGCUUACGUUGAUCAUUUCUACUCCGACAAUCACAGCAUCUCUUCUGAUGUCGAACUCCAAGCUUGGUGGGAUGAAAUUAAGAACAAAGGCCAUUCUGACAAGCGAAAUGAACGCUGGUGGCCUAAACUAAAAACUAAAGAAGACUUAUCCGGCAUACUUACAACAAUGAUAUGGGUAGCUUCAGGACAACAUGCAGCUUUAAACUUUGGACAGUACCCCUUCGGAGGAUAUAUGCCAAAUCGUCCUACCCUAAUGAGGAGAUUACUUCCUGUUGAAGAAGAUCCAGAUUAUGACUGCUUCCUUCAAAACCCACAACUAGCUUUUCUAUCUUCAAUUCCAACUCAACUCCAAGCCACAAAGGUAAUGGCAGUCCAAGACACGUUAUCAACUCACUCCCCUGACGAAGAAUAUUUGGGCCAGAUUCAUCUUUUACACUGUCAUUGGAUCAAUGACACUGAAAUUUUAAGGUUAUUCCAAAAAUUCUCAACUAGAUUGGAGGAAAUAGAAGAAAUAAUAAAGGCACGAAAUUGUGAUGCAAGUCUCAAGAACAGAAACGGUGCAGGUGUUCCUCCAUAUGAACUGCUACUUCCACUUUCUGAACCGGGAGUAACUGGCCGUGGGGUUCCAAACAGCAUUUCUAUCUGAACAUCUUAUACACUCGGCGAGGUGUCGUUUUCUCUGCUGGUGCUUGUUCUCUGAACUUUGUCUAGAUUUCCAUCUAUAGCUAUGUUGAUUGUAACCUGUAAGUAAUAUAAUUGGAGUAAACAAAAAAUGCACGUAGUAAGUUAUUCUGAAAUUUGAAGUUGGGGUACUCACAUUGUUAUCCGAAAAUUACAGUCAAAAUAUUGGAACCUUAGAUACUAAAU